AAAUAAAAAUUAAUAUUCUAAACCAAAAAUGAAUUCCACCGAGCGUCUCGAGGCAACAGUCAGUUCGAAAUUCAAUGACUAUGGCAGCACAACGUUAAAAAAUCGUUCUUCCACAACAACUAACGGACACGACUUAACGACGGCAGCGGCAGCAGAAAUAGACAUUGCCGCACAACAAGCGAUUGCUGCGGAAUCAAGUCAAACAACCGACGUUCACCUCGACAGUGAUCACUCGGUUGAGUAUCAUUAUUCCAGUGAUAGUAUUGCAGCAAGUGGCAACAACAACGACAUCGCCUAUCAGAGCUUGCCAAAUCCGAUAACCACUUAUACGUCAAGUCUUUUCGCGGCCGCGUGCAGUACUUCCUCAGCGGCGCGUUUUCAAACACAGCAUUCGCGUUAUUCACGUUACGCCUACAGCAAAAUGGAAACAUAUAUCGAUGAGAAACCCGUCGCCAAAAAGUCGAUUUGGGAAACACCGUGCUUUCAAUGUUUGGAAACUAUCCUUUUUGUAUUGAAUCAAAUGUGCAUCGGUUUCGUGACCAUCUACAUGAGUUGGCUGUGCAUAAAUAAUGGUUUGCAGAAGACAUCGCUACAUGCGUGGCUGGUGACACUAGGUUAUUCACUGCUGAUGGCCGAAGCGGUAAUGGUUCACUACAACGCCAACCCGUUGACGUCAGACUAUAAACGACACGAAAAGCACACGAUACACUGGGUGCUGCAAUUGGCGGGUGGUAGCCUGGGCAUGGGCGGUACGUUAUACAAAUGCAUACAGAAGGGAUUUCUGCUUACGAGUACGCACGGCAAGCUGGGUUUUGCUACAUUCAUUCUCUGCUUGGUAUCCUGGCUAAGCGGUUUGACUGCUCUUUAUCAACUUAAAUUGAAACAUUACGUCCGCCCAUUAUUAAAUCGCACAUUCCAUAAUUUGAUUGGACUUGCAACCUUUGUUCUGGCGCUUCUAAGUCAAUAUUACGGCUAUGAGACGAAUUUCUUCAAGACUCGCACUGCUUUGCAACCAACCCUUCGAGAUUGUAUGAAGACGAUUACGAUUUUGUCACUGAUACUAAGUUGUAUUGGUCCAUUAAAAGCUUUGCUGCAAAAAAUUCGUAUACUUCUAAGAGAUUGAUUGUCGAUAAAAAAUAAAAUAACAUAAAAGAAUUAAUA